AUGGCACCCGAGCAUGCACAUUACAACGGCUCUAAGAAAAUUCGUUCGCUACGCGAAGACAAGCUGGCGUCUGGCGCCAAGGCCCGCAGCAGAUACGGAGAAGCCUGUUUCCAACGAGGACGCGUCAUAAAGGAAGCCCGAGGGCAGCAUACAGCUCUGCGUGCUGGUAAAGACUAUGAAACAAAUUUGCGGCGCAAACGCGAAUUCAGAGUUCCCUUGGAACUUGAACCCGGGAGGCUCCGGGUCCAAGAGACAACGCCGAGCCUGGACAGCGCGGGCACGGACGACCAAGACUCCGAGAACGCAGAAUCAGAUGGCGACUUACCCAUUGAAGUGAUAUGCGACUUAGAAGUAAUACCGCAAGACGUAGACGAGCAGGAGCUGCAGAGACUGCGACGGGAGAACGACAGAAGCUCAUCGCCGGCUGGUGCUAAUGAGGGGAUUGAUGAUGAGGAGGCAGGGGAAGAGAAAGUGUCGUUUCCAUCGCCACAGCACAGUAAGCACAGUCACGGGCCUACUGGUAGCGAGCAAGAGCACUUCCAACGUGUGUCAUGCGUGCGACACAGCUACAUGCAGAAACUGAAGCUGCCGCAGCCGUUACUGGCCGAGGAACUACUGGAAAGGACCCUGAAGUACUUCCCGCUCGUGGAGAAGAUCCUAAGUGGCCAACACCCGUCCAUGUACUACGACCACGCUCGCAGCGCGUUCAAGAGGUCCCGCCGCGCGGUGCUCAGCAUCGACGAGUUCCGCAGGCUAGAUCUUAGCCUAUUCACCGCGGGCUACUAUGGUGUGCGCCGCCAGAUGCGUGUCGCGGUCGAAGUCUUGCAUCACUACAGAGAUCUUAUCGCGCGUCAGAACAACCGGGUGCUUAGGUGGUGGGGCGUCAGCGACUUUGCCCAGUAUGUGCUAGCACCCGAGCUUCUCAGCGCUCUAUGCCAAGAAGAGAUGAACCUGCCGACGCUCGAGGAUGCUUGGGAUGUCAUGGAGGCGACCACCGAAUUCGGCCUCUUGGUUGCGGAUGACGGCCCACUAGAGGAAUGGGAGGUUCCUGCGCAUCUUGCGCGUUUAGAGGCUGCAGGGCACAGUUCCAACUUGCGCGAGGAUCCCAGUAACGAUAAAAGAUAG